AGAGGCGGUCCUCAGAGCCCACGUGUUCGUGGAACAUGGCGGAGUUGGAGAGUCAGGACCUCGCUGAGCCCGUGUCUCCCGGAGAGACCACCAAGAGCGGUGCCCGGCCUGCCGACCGCCAUGGCUUGUUGCAGCACAGCCGCGAGUUCUUGGACUUCUUCUGGGACAUUGCGAAGCCGGAGCAGGAGACGCGGCUCGAGGCCACGGAGAAGCUGCUGGAGUAUCUGCGCACACGGCCAAAGGGAUCCGAGAUGAAAUACGCUCUGAAGCGCCUCAUCACUGGGCUCGGGGUCGGCCGAGAGACCGCCCGGCCCUGCUACAGUCUGGCCCUGGCACAGCUGUUACAGUCUUUCGAAGACAUCCCCUUAUGCAGCAUCCUGGAGCAGAUAAAAGAAAAAUAUGAUCUACAGAGGGUGAAGAAGGCGAUGGUGAGACCCGCUCUCUUUGCACACCUGUUUGGGGUGCUAGCGCUCUUUCAGUCAGGCCGGCUAGUGAAGGACCAGGAGGCACUGAUGAAGUCGGUGAAGCUGCUGCAGGUCCUGGCCCAGCACCACAACCACUUACAGGAGCAGCCCCAGAAGGCCCUGGUGGACAUCCUCUCUGAGGUCCCAGAGACCACGUUAAAGGAAAUCCUGCCGAAGGUGCUCAAGGCCGACUUGGGGGUGGUGCUCAGCUCCCCUGAGAACCUGGAGCUCUUCCUCUUAGCCCAGCAGAAGGUACCUGCAAAGCUUGAGAAGCUGCUGGGACCGGUAGAUCUAUUCUCAGAUGAGAAUAUUCCCAGGCUGGUGACCGUGCUGAAGAUGGCCGCCGCCUCUGUGAAGAAGGAGCGCAAGCUGCCUGCCGUGGCUCUGGACCUGCUGCGCCUGGCACUUCAGGAGAACAAGUUCCCACGGUUCUGGAAUGAUGUUCUGGAACAAGGGCUGCUAAAGAAGCAGUUCCUGCCAGCCAGCUUCCUGUGUUUCCGCCUGCUGGGUGCAGCCCUGCCCCUGCUGUCCAAGAAGCAGCUGCAGCUGGUGAUGCAGGGAGACAUCAUCCGCCAUUAUGGGGAGCAUUUGGUUACUGCUAAGCUCCCGGACCGGUUCAGGUUUGCCCCAGAGAUGGAUGAAUAUGUGAGUGCCUUCCUGGAGGGCUGCCAGACCGACCCUGAGCAGCAGCUGGCCGUGCUGGUGGCCUUCUCCUCCAUCACCAACCAGGGUCACCCCGUCGUGCCCACCUUCUGGCGGGUUGUGCGGUUCCUGAGUCCCCGCGCCCUCAAGGACUACGUGGCCUGGCUGCGGGACAUGUUUCUCCAGCCCAACCUGGACUCUUUGGUUGACUUCAGCACCAGCAACCAGAAGAAGAACCAGGACGCUUCACUCCACGUGCCUGAGCGGGCUGUGUUCCGGCUGCGGAAGUGGAUCGGCCUUCGCCUGGUCAGCAUUGUGGAGAACUCCCAGGUGGAGAAGGAGGAGACCUUGGUUGAGGAGGUGGCCAGGUUCUGUUUGUUCCAUUCGUUCUUUGAAACCAAGAAACCCACAGCCCAAAUCCCUGAGACUGAGCAGCGGCUCUCCUUCCCCUUGGAGAGCCGGACCCGAGAGGUGGUCUGCAGUGCCUUCUUCAGGUGGGCAUGGGCAGGUGGGGAGGGUCUGAGGUCCCCUGCAGAGAGCUGCGACCUCCUAGGCGACAUCCAGACCUGCAUCGAGAAAAGCCUGGAGGGGAAGCCCCGCCGGACCCGCUCCAAGGCCGUCGACUCCCAGGAGCCACCAUGGGUGGAGGUGCUGGUGGAGAUCCUGCUGGCCCUGCUGGCCCAGCCCAGCCACCUGAUGCGCCAGGUCGCCCGGAGCGUGUUUGGCCAUAUCUGCUCCCACCUGACUCCACGCGCUCUGCAGCUAAUCCUGGACGUGCUGAACCCUGACAAGAGCCAGGAUGAGGAUGACAACGUGGUGGUCACAGAUGAGGAGCAACCGAAGAGCAUGAGCAGGGACGACUCGGACAGCGAGGAGGAGGAGAAGGAGGAGGAGGAGAGUGACGUGGAGGAGGAGAGCGAUGAGGAGGCACGGGACGGGGAUGUGGACCAGGGCUUCCGGGAGCAGCUGAUGGCAGUGCUGCAGGCAGGGAAGGCGCUGGGUGGGGCGGACAGCGAGGACGAGCAGGAGGAGGAGCUGGGGGAUGAGGCUAUGAUGGCCCUGGACCAGAGCCUCGCCAGCCUCUUCGCCGAGCAGAAGCUGCGCAUCCAGGCAAAGAAGGAUGAGAAGAGCAAGCUGCAGAAGGAGAAUGUGCUCCGGCGGGACUUCCAGAUCAGGGUGCUGGACCUGGUCGAGGUGCUGGUCACGAAGCAACCCGAGAACCCCCUAGUCCUGGAGCUGCUGGAGCCACUGCUGACCAUCAUCCGGCACAGCAUGCGCACAAGCAGCUCCAAGCAGGAGCAGGACCUCCUGCACAAGACGGCCCGCAUCUUCACGCAUCACCUGUGCCGGGCCCGGCAUUACUGCCAUGACGUCGGCAACCACGUGGAGGCGCUGCACGCACAGCUGGAGCGGCUGGUGCAGCAGGCCGGCCGCCAGGCUGACUCCUCCGUCGCCCUCUACUACUUCAACGCCUCUCUCUACCUGCUCCGGGUCUUGAAGGGCAACACUGCUAAUGCACUGCCCCUCAAGACCCCAAAGAAGCAGAAAGCCAGCGCCAAGGCCAAGGUCCCAGAGGCUACCAGCUGCUUGGACUUGAAACGCGUGACCCCGGUCUACUCAUCAGCGCUGAGCUCCUUCCUGAGCAAGCGCAACAGCCCACUCACCGUCCCCAUGUUCCUCAGCCUUUUCUGCCGGCAUCCGGUGCUCUGUAAGAGCCUGCUCCCCAUCAUGAUCCAGCACGUAACAGGCCCAGUGCGGCCCCGUCAGCAGGCCCAGGCCUGCCUGCUGCUGCAGAAGGCCCUGUCCAUGGGGGAGCUGAGACCGUGCUUUGAGCACUCUGAGUGGGAGCAGCUCAUCGGCCAGGUGCUGGCGAAGGUCACUGAGAACCUGCGGACGCUGGGUAAGGCGGAGGGCAAGUCGGAGCAGCAGAGGGAGCUGUCCUCCUUGGAGCUGCUCGUCACGCUCCUCAAGACCAUCCACGUCCAGAAGCUGACCGUGGACCUGACCACCAUCCUGGGCCUGCUGCAGGGCCUCCAGCCAAGCCUGCAGCAAAGCCUACAGCAAGGGGCACACUCGGCUGGCUCCAACCGCCUCUACGACCUCUACUGGCAGGCCAUGAAGUUCCUGGGAGUCCAGCGCCCCAAGUCAGAGAAGAAGGAUACCAAGGGGAUUCCCAGCGACACCCAGAGCCCCAUUAGCAUGAAGCGGAAGAAAAAGGGAUUCUUGCCAGAGACCAAGAAGCGCAAGAAACGCAAGCCGGAAGAUGCCACAGAGCAAGAUGCCAAGCCAGCGGCCCCUGGUGGAAACCAGCCCCCCAGCUCAGGCAAGAAGAAGAGGCGCAGGACAAAAGCCACGGCCUCAGCCCAGUCCCAGGUGAACGAGAAGCCAGCGGCCAAGAAUCCUGCCCCCAGCACCCUCAUCACAAGCCCCAGCACCCCUGCCACCACCACCACGAGCCCCAGCACCCCUGCCAAGACCCCAAAGCUUCAGAAGAAACAGCAGAAGCUGUCUCAGGUAAAUGGAGCUACACUCACAGAGUCUGCUGGUGAAAAGCAUCAGAAGAGGCUUCCCAAAAAGGGGGUCUCAGGCAAGUCGCCACAGCCCACCCUGCCACGGAAAAAGCCAAGGCUCUCUUUGGCCAAUGGGAGCCCCAGCCUCCUCCGGAGUGGGGCCAAGAAGAAGGUGCAGCUGAAGAAGGGAGUUAAGCCCUAAAUGU